UCUGGGAAAGAGGGUGGAAACAUGCCCAGGAGACACUCCUCAAGCUGCAUGACUUCCAACUGGAGAUCUGUUAUGUAACUUUGUCACACUGAGAACGGUCGGGACGGACUGAGCAGAGUUGCCACCGGACAAGUUGUAGUGACACUCCCAGGAACACUUCAGCAGUUGCCCCCUGCAACUGAUGUUGAGUAAAGGGAUGUGCAGUCAUGGAGUCCCAGCGUAAUGUGGAGUUUGACCUUCAGUGUUCUGAGCAAAUGUCAUACCCAGGAUAUCCUCCCUCCGGCUACCCGGCUUUUCCUGGUUAUCCUCCUACAGGGCAAGAAUCCGGUUUCCCACCUGCCGGGCAGUAUCCUUACCCCACCGUACCUGGAGGUUUCCCGCCUAUGGGAGGUGGUGGAUACCCUGCUGCUCCACCAGCAGGUGGAUUCCCAGGGGCCGCUGGUUAUCCUGCACCUGGUGGAUAUCCACCCGCACCCGGUGGCUACCCUGGAGCUCCUCAGCCUGGUGGGAUGCCAACUUACCCUGCAGGUUCUGGGUUUGGGGCGCCCUCUAAUGGUUCCAGCUUUGGCUACCCACAGCCCCUAUCACAAACUUAUGGAGGAGGUGGACCAGCGCAAAUACCAGCUGGGUAUCCUGGUGGUCAAACACAUACUCCAGUACCUCCUCAGCCUGCAGCAGUGGUUCAAAAUCUUCAAGGCACAAUUCGACCAGCUGCCAAUUUUGAUGCAGGGAGAGAUGCUGAAGUUCUGCGCAAAGCUAUGAAGGGUUUCGGGACGGAUGAACAGGCAAUCAUUGACGUGGUGUCCAACCGCUCGAAUAGCCAGAGACAACAGAUAAAGGCUGCUUUCAAGACCAUGUAUGGCAAGGAUUUAAUAAAGGACUUGAAGUCAGAGCUCAGUGGAAACAUGGAGGAGCUGAUCCUUGCGUUGUUCAUGCCGGGCACUUACUACGAUGCCUGGAGCUUACGGUAUGCAAUGAAGGGUGCAGGCACCCAGGAGAGCGUGCUGAUCGAGAUUCUUUGCACCAGGACAAACCAGGAGAUUCAAGAAAUAGUCCGUUGUUACAAGAGUGAGUUUGGAAGAGACAUUGAGCACGAUAUUCGGGCGGACACAUCAGGACACUUUGAGCGGCUACUUGUAUCCAUGUGCCAGGGUAAUCGGGAUGAGAAUCAAACAGUGGACUUCCAGAAGGCUCAACAAGAUGCUCAGCGCCUCUACCAAGCCGGUGAAGGGAAACUAGGCACAGAUGAGUCUUGCUUCAACAUGAUCCUGGCUACGAGAAGCUUCCCGCAGCUGAAAGCCACUGUUGAGGCCUACUCUCAGAUUGCGAACCGUGACCUCCUGAGCACCAUCGGCCGGGAGUUUUCUGGAAAUGUCGAGCGUGGCUUGAAGGCAAUUGUGCAGUGUGCCCUGAAUCGCCCAGCCUUCUUUGCUGAAAGGCUUUACCAUGCCAUGAAAGGAGCUGGCACAGACGACUCGACCCUCGUGAGAAUUAUCGUCACGCGUAGUGAGAUUGAUCUCGUCCAAAUCAAGCAGCUGUUCACCCAGAUGUACCAGAAGACUUUGGGCACCAUGAUAUCCAGCGACACCACUGGGGACUACAGGCGCUUACUCCUGGCGAUUGUGGGUCAGUAGGAAGCCCUGGCCCACUCGCAGAGGAACCAGAACGAGGCCUGCUUGGGCCACAAGCUGGCCGUCCUUCCGUGUGUAUGUGCGUAUUUCCUGCAUCACAGACAAUGUAAACCAGUACCUGCUUCUAAUGGGUGACUCGAGCGGCCCCUGUUUUGCACAUAUAAAUUGCCUUAAUUUAACAUGCCAUGUUUGUAACUUGUCAAGUGUGAGGUUUUUUUGGUUAUACACAGAAGAACACAAUAUAAGCCAUAUGUAGAAAUAGAUGUAGAGAGAAUGUGUGUGCCGGAGAAGAGCCUUCCUGUGCAGGAAGGGGGGUGCAGGUGGAAAGUCCCCUUUGUCCCCCCUCUUACAUAAGCGCCAACUGCUCCUAGGGUCAGAUCAUGGAAUCACAGAGUUGGAGGGGACUGUCAGCCCCCCAGUCGGCUCACUCUCAACACACGCCUAUUGAAGGAGCCAGUUUGGUGUAGUCUUUAAGUGCACAGAGGACUCUAGUCUGGGAGAACUGGGUUUGA